UUGACACAGAUUGCCUAAUCAUUUUCUUUAUAACUGAAUUAGUACUUUAAACUUUUUAAAAAAAGAGCCUUCAACGUUUCGACCAAUCCUCUAAAGAGUGAACAAACAAUCCAACUCCGAUUCUGUAAUUGCGAAGACAAGGAAGGAGAUGUUGAAGUUUCUAUCGAAAGUACGGAUCGAGUUCAAUGCUUUGGACCCACGCAUAGCUUCAUGCAUGGAGUUCUUAGCCCAGUGCAACGCUCGCAAAGCCAAAGAAUCGAAUCCCGCUUGCCAGCUUCAGGUCAAGCGCCGCACCGACGAUCACCCGCCCCAAAUUACCGUUACUUUUGUCAACGGAGUGGAAGAAGUUUUCGAUGCCACAUCGACUCCUGCACAGACCAUAAGGAACAUGAUCCUCGAAAAAGGUCAGCUCCUUGAGACCGAGCAAAUGUUCCGUGAAGCUGGCGAGAAGUGGCCCGUUAUUAUACCCGAGGAGGAGCUUCACCAAUCGUUUCCUGGAACCAAGCCAAGGAAAGCAGAAGAGAAGAAGCAAUGACUCCAAUCUGUCUGACUUCAGCCAUUUUACCGAGUGUCACUUUGGAACUUUGGAAGAUCAUCAAAUCUUCCAUUGUAUGUUGGGAAAGUACCUUACAUGAAUAUUUUGAAGCCUGAUUUAUGCCGCUAGAGUGUAUCAUUUUCUUAUUCUUCCUAAUGUUGGGUGUAUCCAGUUACUUCAAUUGAACUCUCUCUCUAUGAGUUACUUGUUAGACUCUAAUUUGAGUACUUUGAUUUCAUCUAUUUCUUGUCAUGGGAAACCCUUUUUGCUGGAUCUCGCUGGAGUGAUCUACAAAUAAU